UUUAAACUGAACCUCUCUCUCCUGAUAGUUUGCUUGUUUUAAAAAACUCUCAAGGAGAGCUUUGUCCACGGAUCAGCUUAAAGAGCCGAUACUGUAUGAAUUAGCAAGUAUGUGCGACAUCUCCUAGAUACGAAAGCCCUUGCCACCACGUAAUUUUCACACAUACGUUCAUCCGGGGGGAUAAUAUUGAAUCGUGUUUCAAGUCAUAAGUCACGGUAUUCUAACGUCGUUAGAAGUUUAAAAGCUAAAACUAGAAAUCAAACAUACAAACAACAAAAUAUACGUAAUCAGGCACUUUAAUAAGGGUAAAUGCUUUGCGCUGGUUUAAUACUCCUGCAAUGACGCUUUUCUGUCACGCCUCGUGUCGCUGCUCAAAGGAGCCCAAAAGCAAUUCCUUUGUGUUGAGUAAAAUACUUAACAUCUGCGCAAAGUAGAAGUAAAUGAGAGCAAAGGGGGUUAUUAAACUUUUCCCCCGCAGCCGACAUCUGAUCUGUCGCAGCAGUAGGCGGAGAGCUGCAGUCCCUUCCCCUCCCCCGUCUGUCGUCUUUGAUUCACUUUCAGAAGUCCUGCAUCCCUUCAAGUUUGCGGGAUACCUGACAGGUCGUGCGAAACCAACAUGGCAGACAGCGGUUCACCCGAAAGUGUGGAACAAGACGCAGGCAUUGUGAUCAAAGAUGAUUUUGCAGGCUACAGCUUGGAUCUGUUCUCCUAUCCAGAGCACUACUUUGAAGAUUUAGCAUGCGUCUACAUACCACAUGGAGUUAUCAUGGAUAGUCAUGACAUUGUUGUCCUCUGUGUCCUGAAAGGAGGCUAUAAGUUCUGCGCUGACCUGGUCGAAUUCAUCAAAGUCCUCAGCCGAAGCUCUGACAAAUCCCUUCUGAUGAGAGUCAAUUUCAUCAGACUAAAAAGCUACUGUAAUGACCAAUCAACAGAAGACAUACAGAUAAUAGGAGGAGAUGACCUGACAGUUCUCACUGGAAAGAACUGUGAGUGUGCAGCGCCUUGCGGUUUUGUCUUUGCGUUAAGAGAAAGAACUGUAGGCUUGGUACCAAAGUGCCACUGUUAUUGUUUCAGCUUGCUGGUGAAGAGAGUACCAAACGAAGGAGGCUGUCGUCCAGACUAUGUUGGAUUUGAAAUUCCAAACCAUUUCAUUGUGGGCUAUGCCUUGGACUACAAUGAGCAUUUUAGAGACCUCAAUCACAUAUGUGUAAUCAGCGAAGUAGGCAAAGAAAAGUAUAAGGUCUGAAGAUCACCCUUUCCAGCCUACAAAGAAGAGCAUAUUUGCUUACAUGAUGCUUGGACUCAAAGCACUGCAUGUUACCUCCUAGAUAGGACAUCUGGACACAAUGGACAGUAUUUCCUCACAUAGUCUGGAUACAGAUGACAGCACAUUUCCUCAUAAGGAGCUCCUGCAAGACAUGCUGUCAGUGGAUGAAGUACUGUAUGUUUGCUGAGUGUUCAGAUGUUCUCAACCACAAACUGUAUUACAGCCCCAACAGCCCCCAAAACAAUCUGAACAUAGGAAUAGUAACAAACUGUUUAUCUUAAGUAUUAAAUUCAAAGACUGGAUUAAGCCUGAAUAGUAAUUUACUUUGGUAUUUAGUAAUUCAGUUAAAACAGUUGCCUUUAAAUAUCAGUACCAAUAAUUAAAGAAUUAAAUGUAUUUAUUUCUCUUGGUCUUAAGAAGUUUUCCAUGUGAAUGUUUUUCCGAUUGCUGACCUCUGGUUUUUUCAAGUAGGAAUGAAUCUGAAGCAGGCUGUUCAUAUAUUUCAGUCUUUCCAUACCAUUUCCCAGCUGUCUCAGGAUACCCAAGAAAAACUCACCUGGGUAUUAAUAAUCAUUGGUGGAGACUUUGAACUUUAACAUUUAAACAAAAUUAGACAGAACCUUAUCUUACACACUCUUGCCCAAGGACUUGGAAUUCCAUCAGGAUCACUAACGUAAAAGGUUGACCUGCCCGUCAACCAACUACAGCUUCGGUAGAAGAUCUGUCCCACCUGUUCACACUCAAUGUGGGCUUAUUGAAGAGCUGCCUUUACAAUGCUAAGAUGCUCAGUCAUCUUGAUUUGUUGCUUGUGCUGGCAUUCUCAUCGUAUGUACUUUCCGGGCUUCGACCGUGUUUGCUUGAUCUGUGUUUUGAAUUUCCCUUGUAUUGCUUUGCUGAGUUUUCCUGGCUUUGAACUUGCUUGGAGUGUCUCGAUUCUGUCUACAGAUUUCACCAGUUUUAACCCUCAGUUUUGACCUCUGCCUUUUUUGGAUUACACCCCUGGACUGUGGUUCUGUUUUGCCUGCUUCUCCCCGCCUUGUGUAAUGCUCACCUGCUGCUGUGUGUUUCGCCUGGCUGUCCACUUUUACCUGCUUUUGGAUCCAGCCCACAACCUCUGAUCGCUGCACCUGCUUGUAGCCGCAGCAGUAAGAACAGACCCUGGGAUUCUCACAACAAUACAACAUUCUAGAACUCGCAUCACCCUUAAGCUAGAGUGACUUAGGGGCUCUAUAUAUUGUAUCUUUUCUUGACUAUUGUUUUGAAGUUGUGCGAGGUAAUGCACUUCAUGAUAACAUGUGAUCUGAACCCUGCUUGAUUUUCUAGACAAGCUCACUUGACUGUGUCACAGCUUGAGGGGAAAGGGUGGUAAUAGAAAAAUGACUAGCAUAUCUGGACUCCCAAGUAGUUUUUUUCUGACAAGAUCUGAGGUGGUUGAGCAUCAAAGUACCAUUUUUAUGUCUGAGUUAUCAUUGGAAUGUCCAAUUUAUGGAAGAGAGUUUGAUGCAACUGUACUCCUUCAUAAGCACUCAUGUGCUAUUUUCUUGCAAAUAUUUAUGAUCCAAACAGAUGUUGAAUUCUUUUUCAGUGUCAUUCAUUAUGGUCAUUAUGCUGUAUAGCCUGUUGAUCUUUUCAGUUCAGGCGUGGUUACUUUUCUUUUUAGCAUAAGUAAAGGUCCAUUACCCAGAUACCCAGAUAAUUCUGUUCUGUAACUAUGCACGUUGACAGAGAUGUUUGUGACAUUGCAUAUAUCCUGGAUCAAUCCCUUUCCAGGAGUGAUUUGGUGGGAGCUGUGCUGUUGUAAAAGACACCACAUACCUUGCUAAAAAUGGAUUUGUGAAGUUAUGGACAAGUCACAUGACCUGAAAGUAAUUUAUAUUGCUGUUAAAGGCUUACUGUUGAGACAUGAUGUCCAUUUCUUUCAUUCAUUUCAGCUUGUACUGUUAUGAGGCUGGUAUAUUGUUGGACUAAUAAAUGUGGUAUCACUUUCUAA